AUGCCUGGACUUUUCAUGCUAAUUCAUUCUCCAGCAUUAUUUCUUCGCGUUGCUAUCAAUAUAGCUACGAGUACUGUUGGAGUUUCGGUGAUUGCAUCUACUAUUGCAGUGGGUGUUGUCGUAUCAAAACUACCAGCUCAAUCUGGAGCAAAUCCCUUCAGUCAAAUUACAAUAGUGGGAUCAACAUCAACACUUGCAUUUAAUCGUAUAAUUCAAUCAUAUGAACAGCAGCAUUAUUAUAAUACGACAGCAACACUAUUGGACUUGGUGGAUGCAUUAAAUAAAUACUUAGAACAACAAUUUCCGAAUCAAUUCAUUAAAGCUGUUAUUUCGGGGUUUUCGUUAAACCCUGAAAAUUAUCCUAGUCGUCGCAGAAGAAGAGAAGUAGGGCUACCGCCGUGCAUGUGUUCUAACUUUAUUACCAGUCGUCGGAGAAGAGAACCAGGGCCAUCGUGGUGCAAGUGUUUUGACGGUAGUACUUCUCACAAUGGCUGCGGGGGAUGUCCUACAAUAACUACCACCUCGACAACUACCACCUCAACAACUACCACCUCAACAACUAC